CGAGCAAAUUAUGAAUGCAGACCAAGUAGAUACGGGAACGGGAAGAAGUAGAAGGAAUAGUGAAAGGAGCGAAGACCAUGCUGAUCAUGGUGAUGUGCGCGAAGAUAACUUCUACGCAACUGGAGAACGAGAAGCAGCUGCACUAGAAGGUAGUUCUAGAGGGAAAAACGAAAAUGAUGAUCUUCAAGAGCCAGUAGUAAUAGGAAACGUGGGAAGAUCAUCAGCUGAAGGAGCUGGAGGUGAAUCUCCACCGAGCAAUGUCCAGCAGUUUAGAAUACACUCUUCUUCAUCCUCCUCUGGAAACAGUAGUGACGCAGUGGAGUCAUCUGGUGGGGAAGAGCCUUUUAGGGAUAACAACAGGAACUCUGUUGAAGAAGGAGCAGAAGACCCCUCGAGUCGAAGAAGUCCUUCUCCUUUUACGGCUUAGUGCAUUG